AUGCCAGCGGCCGCCACUUUGAAGUCUCCUAAUGUAUGCGCCAACUGUAAGGCUCGCAAGAAACGAUGUGACAAGUCUCUGCCGCGCUGUCGCUAUUGCGCUGACCAUGAUCUACCCUGUCUGUAUCAGGCCUUGAAUCCUAGACCACGACAUCGAGCAAUUGCAGAUUCAGCCAUUGCACUCGCAGCCAGUCCUCGGUCCGAAAGCGACGUCUGGAAAAUUGCUGAUGCUCUACGAGCUAGCAACCCUGUCAGUGCAUCGACAAAGCUACUUUUCGACAGCCUCGCAUGCAGCGCGCAGAUUCCCCAUGGGGUGUCGAUCUCAACGGUCGAGUCCACACUAUGCGUCCAGGCUCAGCGGUUACUCGAAAGUACGGGGCUUUAUCUUGAUGACAUCAGUGUGCGAUACUUCCAGGGUGUUCAUACAUUCGUACCAAUUAUCUCCCGACGGCGAUUCCACGUCCAAUUGCUUUCUUUUGGGGCCAAUGUUCAGGCUGACUUCGCUUUACUCGUGCUAUGCAUGGCAUUACUUGUCCCCUCCACAGACUCUGCCGAUCUCCUGGGGCCGCAAGUGGGCCACCGUGUCGAAGAAAUGACACUCUACGUUGCCAUUAAGUCCCUUAUGGCCCAGGCGCAAACACUCUGCGCGCCUACAACCCGCCUCAUUCAAGCUGGCUUGUUGCUAGCGGUCUACGAGUAUGCCCGUGGUCACCCGGAGCAGGCAUUUAUGACGAUCGGAAGCUAUGCGCGGAUGGCGUAUGCAGCCCAGCUACGAUCCAUUCCUGCUCUGGCCGGAAAUGCUCCGCGGCAGACCGAUUGGACCAUAGAAGAAGAGGAAUUAAAUACCUGGUGGGGAAUCCGCAUAUGUGAGCGAACGUUCCUUUGUGAGCUAGCGACUUUGGAUCAGCCAUUGGGCUCCGUGAUACCCGCCCAGGAUAGUUAUCUACCAAUCGAACCCGCCAUUCUAGACCAGAGGAAUCCUGUGGUGGCGCUCACAUCACGCGUCGCGAUCCAGGCGCUGGACUCUCCCGGGGUUGGCGGCUUCGGGCGCAGCGCUCAAGCGGCAUGGCUCCUGGAUGGGGUGCUGCAGGGUCUAUCCAUGACGGAUCCGGACCAGAAACAUACAUAUCUAACUGAAUGUGAUCGAACACUGCAGUCAUUUCUAGCUUUUGUGAUGGAACAGCAUGGGGGCAACUAUGGAACAUUCUGUGUUCCAAUCGCUCUAACGAUCCGGUCUGUCCCUCCCCAAGAUUCCGAUCUUAUCUCUGAAAAUAAUUGUUUCAAUUUGACGGGAACGCAUAGUGCGUUGUUUCUUCUUCAUUGGCAUCUCCUUGGCUCGCGCGCCCGAGACUCCCCGAGCCCCUAUGACUCGAGUAAUACUUCCCACCAGGCUAUGGAUACAAUUACUAAAAUGGUCAUUGACAUUGCCACGAUGCAGGAACACGUCCCCUUUGAUCAAAUCGAUCACCUUCCUCCCAGCUGUCUGUAUAUUAAUCGAGCAGCGUUGACACAUAUUUAUGACUAUCAAUCAGUGACCGCGGAUCCUCGGCUGCAAACUUCGCUUAAUAAAUUCGAAGCGCGCUGGGGCGCAUCGCCAAGUGACCCUGGAAGAUCACCGGCGUUUCGGGCAUGA